AUCAAAUCACUUCCCGUGAUGACGGAUAACCUCAUUUUCUGCCAUACCCAGUGCGACGCAAUUGGUUGGAAGUGACGAAGAUAUCUGGCCUUUCAUCUGCGAGACUUUGAUUUCUGACAAGGCUGACAAGGCCGACAAGGCCACGGACUCAACGACGAGGCUUAGAAUAAUUCCACCACAUCCUCCCAACAUCAUCAACCUCAUCCGAUUCCCGGACAGAGCUUCACCUUCAGCUCCACCACCACAAUGGCCAAAAAAUCCCCCCCCUCCACCACGAAAUCUCCCAAAAUCCCCCUCGCACAACCCGACCGCUCCGCUCCCCAAAAAGCAAACACACUCAUCGACCUCGCACGACAAUCCGGGAUCCUCGACGCCGCACAGAAAGCCCAAGAUGAAGAGCCACUCGUCGGUCGAGUGGGCGAUUCCAUCCUCUGGUCGUUGAGUCUGACCAUGUUACAUUUCACGCUCGAUGUCUUGGUCGCGAACCAGUUUUCCGACGAGAUGGAGUGGAGGAGUUUGGUGGUGAGGACGGCGCAGGCGUUUCCUAGUAUUUCUCUCUUUCCUCUUCCACCAAUCCCUCCCAUUCCCUUCGAUCCCAUUCUUAAUAAAAUAUUAUAUACAUACUAACUCAAUCUCCAGUAAUCCUCCUCUUCUUCUACUUCCUCCACCCCCACCCCACCCCACCCAUCCUCCUCCCAAGACUACCCCAGAAACUCCAAAAACCCCUCCAUCAAGCCUUCUUCUUCGUCAGCAGUGUCGCAGCGGGGUGCUACUUGAUUCACAGCACCAACACGGAUGCGUAUUAUGCGGUGAUGAAGAGGAGUCCGCCGUUGGGCGUGUUGUGGAUCUGGAGUGUGAUUGAGAUGGAUGUUGUGCCUGCGACGGUGAGUUUGUUGGUUUGUGGGGGGUUUUUGAAGGGGGGUGGGUAUGUGAUGUUUUAGUUGGGAGGGGGGAGGGGAGAUGGCGGGAUGGUGAGUUGGUGGGGUGGUUUUUGGGAUUUGCGGAAGAGUGUUGGAUUUGAGGGGGUGGGAAGUCUAUGUCCUCUUACAUAUGAUACUAGUAUACCUGGUCCUGGUGUCCGAUCCCUCUCCGUCGUUCAUAAAAGCACUCAAAUGUAUCUUAACAGCAUCNGGGGAGAUGGCGGGAUGGUGAGUUGGUGGGGUGGUUUUUGGGAUUUGCGGAAGAGUGUUGGAUUUGAGGGGGUGGGAAGUCUAUGUCCUCUUACAUAUGAUACUAGUAUACCUGGUCCUGGUGUCCGAUCCCUCUCCGUCGUUCAUAAAAGCACUCAAAUGUAUCUUAACAGCAUCCAUCAUAUAAAUAUCACAAAAACCAUCUCCCAACUACACCCAAAUAAGUAUACAUAAAACCAUCCAUCCACCCCACCGAAUUCAAAAACCCCAAACUCCACAGUCCAACAUUCCCAUCUCAUCUCCUACUUUCCAAUGACCUAAAACCCCGACAUGUCCCCUUCCAACCCCUUCCCUUUUCCAUGCCUCUACGCCUAUUUGAUAAGCCAAUUCCGGUCCCUUACCUCCUAACUCAUAUGCGAGGUGGAACAAGUGAAUAAAUAAAUGGCAAACGACUAAAUUUUCGAGAGAGAAAGGAGGAAGAGAGGGAGGGGGUUUUCUUGAAAGAAUAGAUAUAGGAGGUUUAUUUAGAGAUUUUACUUGAUUUGGCGAAUUAGUGGUUUGGGUUAUUAUGUAACCCUGGAGAAGAUGGGAUAUAAUACAUACAGUACAAACCCAGGCGCUGUGGUUCCGGAAAAGGUGUAUUUUCAGAUGCACGAACGGGGCUGUUUGCUUGACACUCUUAACCGCUCUGAGAUCCGAUAUUAGGUAGUAGGUAAUAAACGUAGAGUGCCUCGCUAGUAAGGAAUAAACCACAAGUAGAGCUACUCAAACGCAUCCCAGCUCUCUACCUACGUCCUCAAUCCCAACCCACAAACUCAGUUGAGAAUCAAAGCAAAACGAAAUCCGAAUAUGUAAUUGAAAUUAUUCGAUUUAAUAAGAUGGAAACUAGGGUAUGUCUAGUCGAGACGGGAGAAACUUUGUUUGAGUUCGUCUCAUGUUUGCAUAGGGGUGGUAAUUGGAUGACGUGCGUAUGAGAUUGGGGUUCCGUUUGGGAGACAUUACCAGAUGUCUGGUUAAUCUGUUUGAACACUUGGGGAUUUGAGGAUGUGGUCUUUUGAAGAGAUGUAUUGGCGUAGAAGUGCGCCGGUUACACAACUGUGAAGGGGAGGAUUCUGUGGGCACAUGUUGUAUUGCAGCUCCGAAGGGAAGUAGAUUUCGCCAUCUCGUAAUGUUUCUGGGAGGACGAAUAUGAGCUAAAACACAUGACCCAAGUGUGGUCCGAUGUAUAGAAUUCGCUCAAGGCGUAAACUCUCCUCCUCAUCGCAACCAAGCCGUUGGUCGUUAAGCGAAAGAUCUAGUGUAGUUUCGCCCGAAACUCUCACGACUCAGCUAUUUCCACAUCGAAACAGGUACAUGAAGCGUUCCCAGGAACUACCCUGGUAGCCGAAUUAGGCCUAAACAACACCAAAAUACAUAUUUUGAAUAAGCCCUUGUGAAAAAAAUAAACACCCUCGAGACCCUCUCCAACACCCGUUGGAAUUCACCCAAAAUGAGAGGGACAAUGAGAUUACCGAGUUGGAAAAGAGGGAAGAAGGAAAAAAAGCCCUCAAGAUCCAGGUUCUUGGGUGUGGACCAAGUAGGCAUUUUUGGUGAUGGGAAGGCUGAGGUACCGCAUGUAACACUCAGAGGUCUAAUCCAGAUGAUUAGACCAGCGAUUGGAUUGCUUUCGAGGGCGCCGAGUUUAGGGAGUGGGUCAGGUCCAUAUCGAGUUACUUGCUCGAAGAUAAGGUCGCUUCCCUCACACACCAUAUACCAACCAGAUCCCUCGACGAUCCCGAUUAAUUCGACUAUCCCGGUGAUACUGUGGGGAAAUGGGGCAUGUGCCGGAUGGGGUGGUUGUUUCUCCAAAUUCCUCAUCGAGGUCGCGUCACAUGGGUAUUUCAUCAUUGCCAAUGGGAUUCCGCAGUUCAAAGGCUUGUUCAGACAGACGAGCUGGACGGAUAUGAUGGAGGCUAUGGAUUGGGUGACUGAGAAUUGCGGGGAAGGAGGGUACAGACAUAUUGAUAAGUCGAAGAUAGCUGUUGCUGGACAGGCGGGUGGCGCAAUACAAGCGUAUACUGCUAGUUUGGAUGAAAGAGUAAAGCUUACUUGUAUCUUCAACGGUGGUCUGUUAGUUCCUCAAAACGUUCAGCUUUUUGAAAGGUUUCAUGCUCCAGUCGCGUAUUUUCUUGGUGGUCCAACGGAUAUGGCUUUCAAGAAUGUAUGUUCUCUCGAAUCUUGACCGAUUUGUCAGUUUGCUAAUAAGUUGAGUAGGGAGAACGAGACUACGCAAAACUCCCAUCAAGAAUACCUGCCGUAAAGCUCAAUCUCCCGGUUGGUCAUAUGGGCACUUUUGGCAGGGCACAAGGCGGGAAAUUUGGGAAAGCAGCUAUUGCUUUUCUUGAAUGGCAGAUGAAAGGCGAUACCAUCGCAGCAAACCAAUUCACAGCACCAAGCACUUCGCCAUUAACAGCAGAAGGCUGGGAUAUUGUAUCAAAACAUUGGGAAAUGAAUGAGAGAAGGGCAGGACGGAGAAGUAUUGAUGUUGCAACAAGCAUGGUACAGUAGCGGAGAGCAAUAAUGUUGAGAAUCGGAGACGGAAGAAAAUGGGGUUCGGCGUUAGGGGUUAUCGUGUUCUGCACUAAUACGGAAUAGGGGAUUUGGCCGCCCCUUGUACAACAAGCCACUUUCUUCAGCAAACAGAGUUUCUUC